AUGGCUAGCCUGCAGGGCUAUGUCGACCAUCGCGUUCUCCUCAUUCUCCAGGAUGGACGUGCCAUAGUGGGCGUAAUGGCUGGAUAUGAUCAAAAGUCCAACGUUGUUCUCUCUGAUACAAAGGAGCGUGUGUACAGCAUGGAAGAAGGCGUCGAGGAGAUACCGCUUGGGCUCUAUCUUGUUAAGGGAGACCAAAUUGUGCUCAUCGCCGAACUGGAUGACGCGCUCGAUCAAAGCGUCGACUUGUCUACAAUACGUGCCGAGCCUCUGCCCCCGAUCCGCUAUUGA